AUGAAGGGAGUGGUGAGAGAGGCAACAAGCAACAAAAACGAGCUACAGUUCUGGCGAAUUCUAACUAGAAAAGGUUCCGGCAACACUAUCCAAGACCAGCGUAUCGGACCAGAUCUACAUCAAACGCCUAAAGAUCUCGAAGAACUAGUGACCGAGAUGAAACAAAUAGACAAAGGGGUUUCCUCUCACGGUGGUGGUGAGAAAAACCGGCCACGGGAGAGGGAGAUCGGAACGUAA